AUGACUCCUUGGUUUGAGCGGACGGGCUGGAUCGACACAUACGGCCAUCUACGCCGAGAUAUCUUACUUCAGAUGACCCAGCUACCUACACGCCAGACCCAGCGCGCGGGCUUUCUACUCGGCACACUCACUUCUCGCCCUGGGCGGUCCAUGUCCGAGAACGUUCCUAUCCGCAGUUCGCCUGAGGCCGAGACUCGAAUCUCCUCCAUCCUUCGCACAGUUGAUAGUGUCUUUACCCGGUGUGAGGAUACUGUCCGCGCGACACCCCAUCCUUUUCUCUGCUGGUUGAGAAGUCGAUUUUUGGACCAAGCAUACAAAGCACCAUUUCAACUGGUCUUACGGGACUCAACUCGACGCCGCUACCGACGAUUGUGGAAGAGAUGUCUCGCGUUCUGUCUACGCUACUCCCGACUAUCUUAUGUACAACAAUCUAUGCUCGGUGUUCCCGUCACCAGAGAACAACACGCUUGUUUACAGGAGAUGUGGCACCAAACUGAUCUAGUGGACUUAGUCGAUAAAGCGUCCGAAGAUGAUCCAGAUUGCGACCAGGAUGAUAAGUAUUCUGAGGACGAGGAUGAGAUUGAUGAUGAAGAGGAGGACGACGAUUACCUCUCUGAGGAAGAGGAUUGUUCCUACAUGCCGCUCGAAGCUGUCAUUUCAUCCCCCUCACCGACAUCUGAUCUGAACUCCGUCACCCGUCAGCCUUCUCUCUCUGACCUGGUCUUUCAAUUCAGUCUACUUCUCUGUACCCAAGAGUACUCAAAUGGCCGCCCGAGUUCCAGUGUCCUUGUCUUCUUGAGCGGCAUCUUUGGCUUUACGCCGGGAGGCCAGGGAUAUCACCGUCCACGGACGUAUACGCAAACUUUGGCCGCGUUGAUCCAUCAGCAGACUCUUCUCCUUCUUGAGUCAGUACUCCCAAUAUAUGGUUAUCCCCAGCUAGGCAUUUCUGCUCGACCAUCGCAGGGACAGCUCUCGAUCCUACAGGCCAUGCGGCGACAGUAUAUCUGUGCGGGAUGUCUCACCCCAAUCCAGGAGUGUAUUAGCCUCCUCCAAUUUGGUCGACAAUUCCUCGGCUCCGAGGGUGCCGCAUUCUUCUUCCAGUGGAGUGACGAUGGCCAGACUCUCUCUUUUCAGGGACACCAUCUCCGGUUGUCGUUGUUCCGCCAGUUCGCCCAAAGCCUAGUAAGUGAGGCAUCGGAGCUCUGUCACCAACUGAUGGGCGGCUGGUCCCCUCCCUAUGAUUUGAGGAACGUUCGCGACCUUAUCAGCUGCUCCACGCCUGGUUAUUCGUUUGUCCAGGAUCCGCGCAAUGAUCUCCAGGGAGCCUACCUCCACCUCUCAUCGCGUAUCUGUCAAGAAGGGCCGUGUCCCCUUAUCCAGAAUAAUCAAUGGGUCCAGACAGCCGUGUGGAAGUAUCUACGCCUCCAUGAAGCCUUCUUAGUUCUACUCUUUCAGAUCUUUUUUGUCCACGGUGGCCAAUGUCCUCGCACCCCAGAUCUUUCGAGGUUAGGUGCUUGGAACAGAUCGACCGCUCUGCGCGGGAUCUAUAUCUACGCGGGAUCUAUAUGCACCAUCUAUCGAGCCGCUAAAAGUCAGCGUAUCACCGGCCGUGAGUUUCACGUGGCCCGCUUCUUUCCACCCGCCGUUAAUAAGCUGAUCUACUACUACCUGGUCUUCAUCCGACCUUUGGUGGAUCUCCUCCUACGCCGCGCUCUUGGUCACCGCACCACGAGCUCUCUCUUCGCCUCUAACCCUUUUAUUGCCCAGCAACCCCUUCCUCGCCAUUGGAGUACAAACGAUCUGACCCGUUGGCUUCGGAAGAGCAGCCAAGCCGUUCUAAAAGUCCCUCUUGGUGUCCAACUCUAUCGCCAGAUCACGACUGCCAUGACCGAGAAACAUCUUCGGCAUGUCAUCCAACCGACAGAUCUAUACUGUGAUGUCGGUCCUCACGCCGACGCGAACCGAGCUCUUGUCUGGCAGAGUGGGCACCGGCCCUUACAGCGGGCAGCCAACUAUGGGAUUGACGUUGACUUUCCCGAGAAACUCCAGCCGGCUCUCUUGGAGAGGUAUCGUCAGGCGUCCCAGCAGUGGCACGAAUUUCUUACACCCCUUCCACCGUCCGAGAGAAGACCACUCCGGGAUCUUGGUGAGAAUGUACCGCAACAUCCACGGCUCCCGACCAUCACCCCAUCCCACCCUCCUAAACUACUCUCCCCUCACCCUAUCGACCUCACUACACCCGCGGCGUAUCUUGAUCUUAGGCUGACUCUACCUCGAAAUCCUUCUGUCAAUAUUCUGCCUUCCACCCGUAACCAGAUAAUAAGCGACACUCCUUCGCAGUUGGAUCCGUAUCUUUAUAAUGAGAU